CAAGGAGGACGAGAAGGGCUGUGCUGCUCACUUUCUUGUUUUCUUUUCUCACCAUUUAGGAGAGGGAAUUAAGCAUGUCUAAGGCAGGAGAGAGGACCCCUUCCACAACCUCUGUCGACUCAGCCUCAACAGACGGCAAGGCUAAAGACUCCCCAUCAGGUUCAGUCUCUGAAUCACCCAAGAAAUCAUCAAAGAAGUCCAAGAAAAGCACUGAGAGUAUGAACAAAGUCUACACUUCUGUGCUCAACAGUGUUUUUGGGGCAGAAAGAGAACUGGCUCAGGCUGAGUUAGAUGAGCUGCAAGAGGCCUUCAAAGAGUUUGACUACGACCAAGAUGGCUACCUGAACUACAAGGAUGUGGCUGAGUGCAUGAGGACAAUGGGAUACAUGCCCACAGAAAUGGAGCUGCUGGAGAUAGUACAACAGAUAAAGAUGAGAAUGGGUGGAUUAAUGGACUUUGAGGACUUUACUGAGCUGAUGGGACCCAGGAUGAUGGGAGAGACUGCUGACAUGCUGGGACUCAAGGAGCUCCAAUCUGCCUUCGUACAGUUUGACCUGGAUGGAGACGGAAAGAUCAACCAGGAUGAGAUGAAGGAGGCAGUGAAGUCGAUGCUGGGAGAGAAGCUGAAGAAAGGAGAACUGGAGGAGAUCCUUAAGGAGCUGGACAUUAAUGCAGAUGGAAACAUCGACUUUGAAGAGUUCGUGAUGAUGCUCUCCAUCCGCUAGCUGCUGAAAAGACUGGCCACAUGGACAGAAUACACAAACGCUUCUGAAUCAUU